AUGUCCGGUUCAUUUUGGAAAUUUGGACAAGAUUAUUCCAUCGAAUCACCGAUAUCGAAACUAUUAAACAAAGCAUUCAUAAAGAUUCAACCAAAUGAUACUAAUGUAAAUAGCUUCGAUAAUAAUACUGAAUUGCAAUCUGAAAAGGAUUCAGGUGUUACUGAAAAUGCAAAGGAAGUGUCACAUGAUAAUGAGCAAGAAGAACCACUCCCAACAGAUGAAGCAGAAUAUAUCAACUACAAGCCAAACUUGAAUAUAUUGAACGAAUUACUAGAUGACGAAGAACUUUACACUGAAUUAAUGUGUUCUAAUUUUAAAUUAUUGAUAUAUUUGAAAUAUCCUGAAGUUUUAACUAAAUUAGUGGAAUAUGUUACAAGCGAAACUAUACUUAAGGAACCAGUAGAACCCACAACAGAGGCUGAAAUUGCUGAAGAAUUAAUCGAAAGUGCCAUUGUAGUUGACCCCUCAGAAAGUGAAGGAGAAGAUACAGAAAGGGAAAAUGACCCAUUUCUUAAGGUUAGCCGUCAAUCCACACAAGAUGAUGCUAGUUCGGAUAUCUCUGCUGAAACGAGUGUCACUGUCCCACCUGAAUCUGAAGAACAAAUAGAUACAAGAAGAGCUCGUGUUGCAGCUGAAGUCUUAUCUGCCGAUGUAUGGUCUUUAUCUUCCGCCAUAAUAGAAAAUCAGUCAUUAUUAUCUAAACUGUGGUCCAUAAUGGAUCAUGAAGCACCCUUAUCAGUCGCCGCAUCUACAUAUUUUAUGAAAAUCAAUGAAAGAUUGUUAGACAUGGAUAUAACAGGAAUGUUACAAUGUAUUUUAAAUCUGGAUACCCUAGUUGAUAGAUUUUUGACUCAUGUGGAUAACCCUUCACUAAUGGAUUUUCUACUUAAAGUCAUAUCAACUGAUAAACCAGAAGCCCCAACAGGUGUGCUUAACCAAUUGAAAGAGCAAGAUCUAAUCCCUAAACUUCUAGAUCGAUUAGAUACCAACUAUUCUGUUGCUACACAAUCCGCAGCUGGUGAUUUCUUAAAGGCAUUCGUCACAUUAAGUGCGAAUUCCAACAAUGAAUUAGCAUCAGGAAUUGGUCCCAAUGAAUUAACAAGACAGUUAGUCUCCCCUAAGAUGAUGGAGAAAUUAAUUCAAAUAAUGUUGAAAGGUGGCACAUCAUUAAGUAACGGUGUUGGUAUAAUAAUUGAAUUAAUUAGGAAAAAUAAUUCAGAUUAUGAUUUCGUUCAAGUUAUAUAUACCACUUUACAAUCACAUCCUCCAAAUGAUAGAGAUCCUAUUCAUUUAAUCCAUAUGAUUAAAUUGUUUGCUAAAUACAUGCCUCAAUUCAAUGAAAUGUUAAUUAAACGUAAGUUACCACAAUUGGAAACUGCCUUUGGGGAAAUUGAACCCCUUGGGUUUGAAAGGUUUAAAAUCUGUGAAUUGGUAGCAGAAUUAUUACAUUGCUCUAACAUGACUUUAUUAAACGAAUUAGAAGGUGAAGCCAUAGUUAAAGAACGUGAUGAUGAAAGAGAAUUGCAAAUCCGUGCGAAUGAUAAUAAUAACGUAGUUGUUGCCACAGAUGAUGAAAUUAAUACUAAUGGUAAAGAAGUCACUGGGAAAUUGAAUAACCUUGAGUUGAGUAAUGGUGAGCCUGAGAAGGAGACGGAGGAGGAAGAAAAUGCAGGGGAACAAGCUGAAGAUGCUGAUGAUAGUAAAAUGGGUGAUGCUAACGAAGAUAUUGAGAAUGCUGAAAUCUACAAUGAAACUCUUUCAGAUUCCGAAGAAACAGAACGUUCAUUACGUGAAAACUCUGUCCCAGGUGAUCAAUUAAAGAUAGCGUUACAAGAUACAGAAAUUAUAAAGACAAUUCUUAACAUGUUUUUCCAAUUUGAAUGGAACAAUUUCUUACAUAACGUUGUCUUUGACAUUGUACAACAAAUCUUUAAUGGUCCAUUGAAAACCGGAUAUAAUAGAUUUCUACUGACAGACCUUUUAACAAAAACUAAAAUUACACAUAUGGUAAUAGAAGGAAACAGGAGAUGUGAAGAACAAACAAGAAAAACAGGGUUGCGUACUGGUUAUAUGGGCCAUCUAGUACUAAUAGCGGAGGAGAUUGCCAAAUUUAUUGAAUAUAUAGAUGAAAUGAAAGUUUCUUUCACUAACCCUGCAGUGGUAGCUUCCUUUAACGAACCUUCUUGGAUAAACUAUGUCGACACAAUAUUAACUGAUACCAGAGAGAAAUAUAAUACAGUCUUGGGUGAUUUUGUUAAUGAACAAGAAGAAAACAAUACUCUUCUCCAAGAUUCUCUACCAGAAGAUCCAAUUGAUAAUAACAUGGAAGAAGAUGAAGCUAAUGAUGAAAGUACAAAUCACAUAAAUUCCGGCAACAUAGAUCUUUAUUACAAUUACGAUUAUGAUAAUGAUAAUGAUAGUCAACAUGAUGACGAGGAUUCAGCUGAUAUUGAUGAUGAAGAAAGAAUGAGCAGCGAUGGUUCAUUGGAAUAUCAUGAUGCUUCCUCUUCACCAUUAUCUGAUUCUCAUGUCCUUGAAGACGAUGAUUUAAAAGAUAAAAGUCAAGAGAUCCUUGAAGAAGAUGAUAAGUUUUCCAAAUAUAUGUCACAUCAUUUAGGUAAAGGAUUUACUGAUACAUACGAUGUUAUUGGUACAAAUUCACAAGGAUUGACAGAAGAAGAUUGGAAUUCUCAUGGAACCAAAAAGAAUAUGACCGGCAUUCAGCAUGAAAAGGGUAGCAAAGAGAAUAGUGCUUAUAUGGAUUCGACGAUACCGUCUAACGAUUUUACUGCUAGAACGAAACAUUAUAGUGAACCUGAAUUACAAGAUGAUGAAAGUAGUGAUGAUAGUUCACCGGAAUUAGAUGAUGAAGAUGAUAUGAUUAUUGAUGAUGAAGAUGAUGAUACAGGUGAAUAUUCAUUAUGUAGAACUAGAAGUAAGGAGAAUAUUUACAUGAGUUAA